CCGACAAUCUGUCAACACGGACUCUCGAUGGAGAACUCAAGAGAGUCGACCGGGACGAUGAGGAUACGCGGAGUUCCAGCAUGGCACGCUGCUGCUAUUUUCUUUUUGCUGGGCGGCGCUGCUCAUGCCUCGCUCGGUGACAGGCUUCCGGACUUCAAGGAUUGCGUACUGGUCUGCAAGGAAGCAAACUGCGGAGAAGAUCCUACGCCAAUUCCUUUCCACCGCCGCUUGCUUCUCUGGGACUGCCCCUCAGAAUGCGACUACGCCUGCCAGCACGUCGUAACGGACAAGCGCCUCGCCCGCGACCCUCCAUAUAUGCAGCCCAUCUACCAAUUCCACGGCAAAUGGCCCUUCUACCGCUUCAUGGGCAUGCAGGAGCCCUUCAGCGUCAUUUUCUCGCUCUUCAAUUACCUCGCGCACGACUGGGGGAUGACGCAGCUGCGUGAGAAGAUUCCCGCGUCGUAUGCGCUCCGCAAAUACUACAUACUGUUCGGAUACUUUGGCCUAGCGAGCUGGAUCUUCAGUAUGAUCUUCCAUACGCGCGAUUUCAAUUUGACGGAGAAGUUGGACUACUUUGCCGCGGGCGCGAGCGUGCUGUACGGACUGUACUUCACGCCGAUACGGAUAUUCAGGCUGGAUAAGAAGGACCCGAUGAAGCAGUCGGUGCUGCGGAUUUGGACCAUGUUCUGCAUCCUACUGUAUACGCUGCACGUCAUGUACCUGACGCUGUGGUCGUGGGACUACACGUACAAUAUGGCUGCCAACGUUGCCGUUGGCGUGAUCCAGAAUCUUAUGUGGAGCGGUUUCAGUUAUCUCCAGUAUAAGAAGGUGGGGCGAACAUGGGCGAUGUGGCCUGGGUUGAUUGUCGCGUGGAUUAUUGUGGCGAUGAGUUUGGAGUUGUUGGAUUUCCCGCCUUGGAAGGGAUUGAUUGAUGCGCAUAGCUUGUGGCAUCUAGGUACCGUGGGACCGACCAUUUGGUGGUAUAAUUUCCUGGUCAAAGACGCCCAAGAGGAUCUCGCAGGGAGACUACCGACGGCUGAUUAUGAUGCAGGCGCCCGAAAGGAUUAAGGCCGCUCGUUCGAUGAGCCUCCAGAGCAAGGUAGUUUUCAGGAGUUCAUUCGCAUGUAUUGCAUGGAAUUCGGGAC